ACCAAAUGCUGCGCUUGCUGAGCUGUCGCGUCUUCAACCUUUGUUGCUGAUUUUGGUUGGCUGUUAACUUUUCUUUAGGUUUUGCCCCCACAGCGUGAUAGUAGAAUCCCCCUUCAUCGCUGCCAGGACAUCUGAGGUGUUACCAGAGAGGGAUUUAGAGUGAUGCUGUGCGGUUCUUAGCUGUUAACGCUUCGCCUGCACUGCUCAGGUUUCAGUGGAUUCGCCGAGGCAAAUGACAUUCAAUACACUCUCCCUGCUCGCAUGAUAUAAACAGCAUGGCCAUCACACAUUCCACUGAGACUAAAUAUAUCUAUUAAGGCCACAGGAGGGGAAGCACUGUGCGCAAGGGGUCUAUCCUGGGACAUCUCACUGUCGUGGUUAACUUGUUCCAUUUGAAUUAUCUUUCGGAGAAUAACAAUCAGCUAUUACACCCACAGAGGGGGACUUGGCCCUGUCCAAACAUGCCUUCAAGUUACAACGUGAGAGCCAGGGCGCGGGAGAGAAACAGCGUCCUGAGCCGACCUGAGUUUAUGUCCCUGAACCAUCAGCCCCUCUGCGGAGCUGGCCCCUCUAAGAGCCGAGGCAGCGCAAGGCGACUGGGUCCAAUCAAGCACCAAACAAGCCAGCAGAGUGAAGAACCUACCGACAGUGGCGGCAAGGACAAGAGAGAGACCAACAGAAUGCCAGAAGAAGACUGCAUGCAGCUGAACCCUUCAUUCAAGGGAAUAGCGAUGAAUUCCCUACUCGCCAUUGACAUCUGUCUGUCCAAGCGCAUGGGAGUGUGCGCCUACACGUCGUCCUCCUGGGGAGGCUGCCGCUCCAUGGUCGCCUUGUUAGCGCUCACAGGGCAUGGCAUCACGUGGAUCAUUGGCACUAUCGUCUGUCUCACAAGGAGUAACACUCUGGCUGGACAAGAGGUCCUGGUCAACCUUCUGCUUGCUCUCAUCCUUGAUGUCAUGACUGUGGCUGGAGUCCAGAGACUAGUGAAGCGCAGAGGACCCUGGGAGAUGAUGCCAGGCUUCCUGGACUGGGUUGCCAUGGACGUAUACUCCUUCCCUGCCGCUCAUGCCAGCCGGGCUGCCAUGGUCUCCAAGUUCCUGCUAUCUCACCUGGUCCUGGCUGUGCCACUUCGUAUCCUGUUGGUGCUGUGGGCCUUCCUUGUGGGCAUGUCCCGGGUGCUGCUGGGGAAACACCAUCUAACUGAUAUGGUGUGUGGCUUUGCACUGGGUAUGCUCCACUUUAGUUUGAUGGAGACUGUGUGGCUCUCAUCAAACACCUGCCAGACUCUUAUUUCUAUAGGAACGCUCAGCUGGAGCCCCUUUGUCUGAACUUUUGCUAUAAGGCUAUGCUAGUACACAAGGCUUACUUGAUACACUCAUCGUACAAUGUGAAGAACCUAGGUAGGUUUUGUCCAGUUCUUACUGCAGACUGUGAAGAGAGAUGCAGAUGCCGGCUUGCAUGUAACACCAAGGACAGGUCACAUGACCUUACAAAACCUUUAUAAUGCAGAUCUUAUAAUCAUAAGUCAGAUUUAUUCUCACACACCUCUACUGCUCCUCCUUUUCAAUCAAGAACUGAUAGAAAAGGGAAAAAUAAAACAACUGUAAACUGAAUACAUUAUGAAUUCGGGUAACAUUAAUCUGUAACUGCACCUCCUUUCUAUUUAGUGCAUAAUCUCUUGAGUCUGUGUGGCUCUUCUUUCUUACCAUCUUACUUCCUUUUACUUCCACUUCCCUUACCAUCUUACUUCCUUUUACUUCCACUUCCCUCUUAACUGCGUUUUGCAAUAGUGAAAUACUUAACCCAUGUUGAACACUAAAUACAGUUUGGUAUAAGGUUGUAAUAUAGUAUGUAGCACUCAUGAUCGUUGUUUGGGUAUUCCACGUUGUUCCUAACUGGCAGGACUAUUAUGUUUGUAUAUUUAUGAUGUGAUUUUUCUUUCUUUUUUUUUUUGCUGUAUAUUAACCACAUAAUGAACUUAUUUUUGUAAAACAAAUGUCACACUUGGGGAGGCUGACAUGUAGACAAACAACCACAGACACUCACACUCCCUCCUAGUGGCAAUUUAGAGUCAACCUAAGCUGCAUGUCUUUAGACUGCAGGAGGAAGUUGGAGUACCCGGAGAGAACCCACGCAGGCACAGGGGGAACAUGCAGACUCCCCACAGACAGACCUGGGCUCGGACCCGGAACAUUCUUGCUGUGAGGCAACAUCGCUAACCACUGCACCACUGUGCUGCCCAAUAUCUUUCAUAUACAUACAGUAUGGUCAAAUAUAAUUUCCUUCAACAUGCCUUUAAUUGAGUUUAAAUUCUUAUCAUACCAGAUAUUUCUCUCAGCCUCUUUCAUUAGAGGCUGCUGCACAUUGGCCUAACAGAUAUUUGAGGUUUGUCAGCCAUACCCUUUCUAUGCUCCACUAAACAACUAAGGCAUGUAAAGUGUGUGUUUGUGCGUGGGGGAGUGUCAGCAUACAAAGCAAAAUAUAAGUUUUCAAGAAAUUCUACCUUUUUUCUGAAUGCUUUUUAUUUAUUUUUGAAUGAAAUGAUUUUUUUAACUAAGUUUGGUGUAUAAUGUAUUUUGAGUACAUUAGUUUCAUUUGUUUUGUGUCAUGUUUUACUUUGUUUUUCCAGCUUAGUGAAAAAAUCAGGUGGACUGGCAAUGAAAUGCAUUUGUUCUUUAACCGUGACCAUGCUCUCUUUACACCACAAGCCUUUACAAAUACUUUAAACUGAAAUUUAAAUGAAUCUUUAUGCAAGCUGCCAUGAUGCUUGUGAUGAUAAAUCAUGUUUAUGAAUUGACUGACUCCACAAGGAAGCAUUGCAAACUGUUUUGAUUGCAUCAAACAUCAUAUGGACUGUAAGGCAUCACGUGGUGCACAGCUUGGUCAGCAGAAGAAUAAUAAAGUGCUGA